UCUCAACUGGCUCCCAGCACAGAGAGAGGGAGGUGGAGAGAGCGAGGCACUAGCACUGCAGGACUCAGCUGCUGCCCUUUCUGUGGGAAAUGGAACACACUUGGUUGUGGUAGGACACAGUGAUCACAUACCAGCGGACUGAAUCAACACUAUCAAGGGCUAUAACUUCUUCAUUCAAGUGGGGACUGUGACAGAAUGAAUGAGGAAGAACUUCUCAGCAAAAACAGUUUCAGCUUCAAAAGUCACAAUUAAGAAGCAGGCACGGGCUGCUAGAAGGAGAGGGAUGUGUGCUCCUGGCUCAUGGUUUUGAAAGAGAGAGGGACGUUUUACACUGGAUUGGAAGGUCAAGCCAUGGCACAGCUUACACAUAUGCUGGAAUUCCAUGAUGGGACCUGCUAACCUCCUGGUUCUGAUGGCUCUGUUGAUACCUCAAGCCUGGUUGAGUCUCGAGAGUGGAUCGAGCAGCGAGCCCCCCCAGCCUGCCCUGGAGCCCAGCCUUACCCAAGCCAUCCAGACCCUCCUCCUGACAAGACUGGGCCUGAGGAGCCUCCCGACGCCCCGCCCCGGAGUCCUGAUCCCUCAGUACCUGCUCCACCUCUACCGCUUCCACUCCCAGGAGUUCCACCUCAUCCGGGACUCGGGGUUCGUAUUCCCAGCCGGGCACACCCAGAGUGCCAACACUGUGCGUGGCUUCCAUCACCUGGAGGCUUCUGAAGACUUGUCUUCCAGUCCGCUACGAGAGACCAACCAAUUCCAUUUCUCUUUCAACAUCUCUUCGAUUCCUCAAGACGAGCAGGUGACCUCAGUCGAGCUCCGCUUCUACCGGCGAGACAGCUCGGACCACGCGGACUCUGGUUUACAAAGGGUUAACUUAUAUCACAUCCCUGAUCAUGACCCCACUCCUCACUCUGAGAAGAAGGCCCGGCUUCUGGAAUCCAGACUGCUGACACACGACCCCGGUACAGACCAGUGGGAGAGCUUCAAUGUCAGUUCUGAUGUCUUCCACUGGGUUGGCAGAAGAGCUGGCAACUUGGUUUUCAUGAUGGAGGUAAUUCACCUCAAUGGGAGCCACCCUUAUCUGAAACAGAGAGGACAUCUUCGAGUCAGAAGAUCUGUGGACCAGGAUGAGCCUAGCUGGGCUCACGAGAGACCCUUACUGGUCACCUACAGCCUGGAUGGGCGAGGGCAGCCUUUGACUCCCAAAGUCACAAAAAGGCAUGGCAAAGGCCAGGACUUUGUUCCACGGUUGAAAGGAUGGGAUAAAGGCUGGGAGAGUGGUCACAACAGGGGUGAUGGACUUGGACCUGAUGGGAAAAGGGUCAAAAGGAACGGGAAAAGGAACCAGAAACUGAAAAAGUUAGCAAAGGCUCGUUGCAAAAGACAUCCCUUGUUUGUCGAUUUUAAGGAUGUGGGUUGGAAUCGAUGGAUCGUUGCUCCCAGCGGGUACCACGCCUACUAUUGCCAAGGGGAAUGCCGCUUCCCUUUGGCAGACCACAUGAACUCCUCGAGCCAUGCAAUGGUCCAGACUUUAGUGAACUCGGUCAACCACAAGGUCCCACGCGCCUGCUGCGUCCCGACCGAGCUCAGCUCCAUCGCCAUGCUCUACCUGGACCAACAUGACCGUGUGGUCCUCAAGAACUACCAGGACAUGGUAGUGGAGAGCUGCGGCUGCAGAUAGAAACCAGAUGAUCUGGUCAUAUGGGUCCUACCAGAGCACAAUGCCACCAAACACAGUUGCACCCAGGUCAAACACAACAUGACUGCAUUCAAACUGUUCUGUAAAGUAUUUAUUCACAAUAAAAUGGUUGUUCACAGUUAGCACAUAUGUAAAACACUAUUGCCUGUACAUAAGUGAACAUGCUCACCACUGUUGCCACCUAUGUACUACUCACUGAUGUACAUUUCUUUUAAAACACAGAUUUCAUAUCCACUGAACACCUGCAGGGGUGUAAUGAUCCACUGUGAUACUUUCUUUACAUUAUAUAUUAUAUCGUAAUAGAGGUGUAUCGUUUGUAUUGUGACACAGAACCAAAAGCACAAUUAGUAUGCUUUAUAAUUGGUAUGAAUGCAUACAGCCAUUCAUUUUUUGUCUUUUAACAAAAUAGUCCAUCAUUUAAUGAUCAUUUGAUUUUAUUAUGCAUGCUAUAGGUAACCUAUCAGGACCAUCACAUGUCUAGUGACCUGCACAUCGCGAUAUGUAUCAUGACAUUAGUGUAUCGUGACACCCCUAAUCAGCUGUCAGAAUUCUUUCAGGUGAUUUCACUCCCCAUCACUGGUACGUCAGGUGAAUGCUUCUAUUUCAUCUCCUCAGCAUCAGUUUGCAGGUGCUUUAAAUAAAAGUCUCUUUCAGUCACCUGUUUUGAUGAAACAGAGAAAACAGCAAUGUAGCUGAGUUCACUUUUAUCACAUACUGUGGCAGCACAUUCUCCAAAUGGUGGAAAAUAAAAUAACUUGCAUAGCAUUAUCCCAGCUGAUUCAUGUGAAAAAAAUUUUAAAAA